AUGGAAGAAGAUGGGAGCCCUAGCACUGGAAAGGACAAAUAUCGUCGUGAAGAAUGCCAGUGGAGUACAGAUGAAGAUUUACGGGAAGCUGAAGGAGAUAAAAAUGAAGGGCGUCGAAACUGCGCCCCUCAAGAAGGCGCCUAUGUGGCGCCGUAUAACUCGCUCAUUGGCUUCGAAUGGAUACGAGCGAGCGAAGAGAUGAGGUAUCACUUGGAGAUGAUGACAGCGGAAGUAAAUGUGGCAUCCGCUCCCGGAAUAGAAGAGGAACUGAGAAAGACUCAUUCGGAAGUCUUCAAAGAAGGGUUAGGACGCUGCAAUAAGAAGUUGACUUGCAGCUACACCAGAACGUGCGCCCAGUGUUCCGUAGAUAGGCUUAUGCAUAUGGAUGCUAUUGCACCAGCUAGCCAUAGUGAGUAG